CCCUCCUCGCUUCCCGUCCUCCUGACAGCAGAGAGCAGAGUUCAGCCAGGCCUCUGGAGUUCUGUGAAUAUACCCUGGGGUUUUACUCGUCGUAAUGCACAGAUUAAAGAUCAUUUCGGGACACUUGUCUCACCCCGGCUCCUCUGAACACAGACGGGACUUAUGGAGGUCCGACUGCGGGUCUUCGGGCAGCAGCAGCCCGGAGGAUGUGGUGGUGGUUCACGGGAUGAGGACCGCUGUCGGGAAGGCGAAGAGAGGAGCCUUCAAAGACACCACGCCUGACGAGCUGCUGAGUGCAGUGAUGAAGGCUGUGCUGACUGACGUUGGACUCUCAGCCGACAAACUGGGAGACAUUUGUGUCGGUAACGUGCUGCAGCCCGGUGCCGGUGCUCUGGUGGCCAGGAUAGCUCACUUCCUCAGCGGGUUUCCAGAGACGGUUCCUGUCAGCACGGUGAACAGACAAUGCUCCUCUGGACUGCAGGCGCUGUUUAACAUCGCAGGAGCCAUCAGGAGCAGAUCCAUCGACCUGGGCCUGGCAUGUGGAGUGGAGAGCAUGUCUCUGCGUUCGAUGGGGGAUCCCGGAGAUCUGAGCCCCCGGCUGACGGACUUCGACAAAGCCAGAGACUGCAUCAUCCCCAUGGGCAUCACCUCAGAGAACGUUGCAGAGAAGUUUGGGAUCUCCAGAGAAAAGCAGGACGCCUUCGCUCUCAGCUCCCAGCAGAAAGCGGCGCGGGCUCAGAGCUCCGCAGUGUUUGCUCAGGAAAUCGUUCCGGUCAGAACCAGGUUUGUGGACGACAGCGGUACAGAGCAAGCGGUGACGGUCGCUAAGGAUGAUGGGAUCAGAGCGGGAACGACUCUCGCCGGACUCAACAAACUCCGACCCGCCUUCAAACCGGACGGCAGCACCACAGCAGGUAACUCCAGCCAGGUGAGCGACGGAGCAGCGGCCGUGCUGAUUGGUCGCAGGUCAGCGGUGGAGGCUCUGGGUCUGCCGGUGCUCGGGGUCCUUAGGGCCAGCGCCGUGGUGGGGGUCCCUCCGGAUCUGAUGGGCAUCGGACCAGCGUUCGCCAUCCCUGCAGCUCUGAAGGAGGCUGGACUGACCGUGGCAGACAUCGACGUGUUUGAAAUCAACGAGGCCUUCGCCAGUCAGGCGGUGUACUGCGUGGAGCAUCUGGGCAUCCCUCUGGAGAAGGUGAACCCCAACGGAGGAGCCAUCGCUCUGGGUCACCCUCUGGGCUGCACCGGGGCGCGGCAGGUGGUGACGCUGCUGCACGAGCUGCGCCGCAGAGGCAGGAGAGCGUACGGCGUCGUGUCCAUGUGCAUUGGGACGGGGAUGGGAGCGGCGGCGGUCUUUGAAUACCCUGGACCAUAGGAGCCUGAAAUCAAGUCCUUAUCACAUGAUUUAAAACCUCUUUCGGACAGGACAGGUAAUCUGCUCUCUCAAAAACCAAAUGUCUUUACUCGGCGCAUUGGCAUUUAUCGACACUUCACAUCCUUUUGAAAGCUACCAGAGCUACGAGUUGAACCAUUGAUGGAUGAUGUUCCUUCACACCUGCUAAUGACACCAGCGUGCAGGACAGGUUUUAAAACAGAAUUGUAAGUUGUGAACAAGUCAGGUGAACAUUUACCCAGAUCUGUCUUCCUGUAAUAUCAGAGAAACAGCAGAACUUCAUUUUAAAUCAGACCUGUUUUCAUGUAGCUUUCAGAAAGGAUUUUAAAUACCAAUCACUGUUGAUGUGCUUCCUGUAUGAACAUCAUGAUCAUGUGAGCACGAUUCAUGACAUCAACAUCUCCUCUGAGCCGUGUACAAAAGGUUUUAAAGCCCUCCUUUACCGUCCAGUUUCAGUCAACAUUUCUCUCUGCUUAAAGGACACUCUGUUUGCUGUUGCCAGGAUGUAAAGGAUGUGAAAUGCAUUAAUAAUAACAUCAUAACUUGCUACAGUCCACACGAAACGUGCUAAACUCAAACCCUGUGACAUGUCUGAAAGGAGCUACGAAAUAAUGGAUCAGCCUUUAAAUGAAUCUCCCUCUGAACUCAUGCUGCUGUUCUUAUGAUGUUCAAACAGCAGCUGAUUAAGUGCCUCUGAUUUCACAUGAUGGUAGUUUUUUCAAGAACAGAUUUAUCCUGUUUUCAUUCUCUGACUAAAACUGGUUAAUAUUAUGGAGAAACUGUGAAAUAAAGACAGGGUUUUAUUGUGGUUAAAUUUCAGUUUGAGGGUGUUAGAACUAAUUCUCUUCGUCAGAUCAAAGGACCAAUCAAAUUACUGCUCUUCUUGCUUACUGUCCGAUCCGAAGUGAUUCUUAUAAAUAUCUGUACCACUUUUGUAAAUGUCUUCUAAACACUGAUUUUCUACGUGUUAAAAUAAACAAUUCCAAGGAU